GGUAUAUGUGGCGCUUAUGGGGCCUGUGAUUGAUUGAUGGAUUAAGUGCCGUCAAGUCUGUGUCGACUCUUAGCGACCACAUAGACAGAUUCUGUGCUGCUGCUGCUGUUCUUUUUCUUUCUAUGCCAACCUCAUUUCCCCUGAUCUCGGGCCCUGUUUUUGUAAAUGUCUAUAUAGUUGGUGCACUCGAAAGAAAACCAUGGACUACAUUUCCCAGAAGGCUGCGGGAAAGAGAGAGGGAGGGGGACGCGGCUGAGAGGAGAAACGGGACCUUGAGUCCUCGAGGUAAGCUAACGCUGGCGCCUGUGGCUGGCAGCCAGAGGAGGAGGAAGAAGAAGAGCAGGAGCAGUGGCGGCAGCAGUACAUCAGGCGGUGGCUCCCGUUGCUGCCGCCUGGGGUUUGCAGGAGACAUUGCCGCCGGCUGCUGCGAAAAGAGGGCUGGAGUGGAGAGCAUGCAGGGUGGACGCCCGGAGAGACUGACCCGACCUCCCCUCUUGCUGCUGCUUCUGCUGCGUGGUCUGGAAUAGGAGAGACCGACCAGGCAGAGAGUGUGAAAGGCGAAAAGCUGGAAUAUUAAGGCGGACAAAGCUUUGUCUGGAGACCGGCUUGGGAGAGACACGCAGGCAACCCUGGGCGGCCGCCCUUCCUUUCCGGAGGAGCCCUGCCAGGCGGACGCUCACGGGCAGAGUUACUGCUGUCGUCGCUGCUGCCGCCGCCGCCGCCGCCUGACAAUGAAACUGAAAGACAAAUCCCGAGGAGGGGGCGGAGGAGGAGGCGGCGGCAGCGGCUGCUGCUCCUCCGUCUGCUGCUGGUCUGGGUGAUCCGUUCCUGACCUCCGCGGUGGGCUUCUUAAAUCGGGGACGGUUUGAGAAGGAAAUCUCCUCUCCCCUUCUCCUCGCUAACCGGGGUGAUAAUCGGCGACUCCGCUUCCCGUCGGCAAAAGAGGUGACUGAGGAAGGAACGGGGAGCCUGCCUGUGUGAGGAGGAGGCAGCCCUGCCUGCCUGCCUGCCUGCCUGCUCCCCCAGCAGCCUUCAUCGGCUUUUGAACGCGGGCGCGUGGAUAUUGGAAGGAGGCGAGGGAGAGAGCGGGGCUGAGGAGGCUGCCGCCGUGCGUGGCUUCUGCUCCGAUUGUCGUUGUGCUUCGGGUGGUGGUUUCUCUCCCACGCUGCCCUUGGAGAUGAAAAGGAAGAGGUGGCUGCUUCUGCUGGGGAUAAGAAACGUAGAUAAAGAGCAAGGAAACCUCGAAGCGCCUCUGCUCUUCUUCUCGGCGUGUAGCGGGAGGCAACGGUAGGAAAGGAAACCCCGGGACUGAGGUCGUGUGUGGCCGGGCUUGGAGUCUGACAACAGUUUGAAGGAAGCGGAAGAGGGUAGAUGCCAACCGAUAUCCUCUGAAUUGGGAGACGGAUCCUGGGUGUCUCCAAGCGUCUGACUAAAUAAUUCCUGCCUCGGAGCUGAAAUGAAUUUCCUAGAGCGAAGAAGUAGUGAAACUCCUGUAUUUGCUUGUUUAAAGGUCUGAAAGUCUAAUCCACAAGUAACGGAAGGAAGUGGAGGCAACAGCAGGGAUCUGUAAUACAGAAUGGUUUCUGAACAGCCACCUUGCAUCUGUGUCCCCUGAAAUCAACUUCUUUUUCGAAACAGAGGGGGAGGGACACAAACAGGAUAUACCUGUGGGCAAAUAAAAUGAAGGCUGGCUCAAAACAUGCUCUUUUCCAUUUAUCUGUAUGUAUAAUAUCUGUUUCAUGGAUAAGUCCUGAGCAUGUGUUUUUCAUGCUUAGGAAGCUUUCCUUUCUGUACUGAGAGACACUAGGAACUAAUGAUCUCGGUUGUCAUUCAGAGCAAAAAGAAGAAAAUAAACCAUUUACAGUGAGUUACACAAUCUAGGAAGAAGUAGGAUAUUAUCCAUUGUUUGUCAGCAGCUGGGCUUGGAUCAGGAUUUAUAUGUUUGGAAAAAUUAAUAAAGCUGUUUUAUUUUUGUAAAAGGGUCUGUAAAGGAUCUUAACAAGCCUUUCUGAAAGGAACUUAUUUAGAAAACUGCUUGCCUCAAAUUUUGACCAAGAAAUAGCUUCACAAAUGGCACAAUGCUUCAAAAUCCUUUAACCGUUUUAUGAUUAAGUGGCAGUUGACUUCUAUUUUUACAUUAAUCCCUGUGUUUUGUAUGAUUAUGCAGUUCUAAAGGAUUGUUUUGAACUGUGGUUUUUUUUUUUUUUAAUUAAUUGUGAAGAAGGGAAAGACUACUUACCAUUCCUGGAAUGACAUCUUUUGACUCGGUGGUUCAUUGGGUAUUGUAUAAUGCCCUGAUAAACUUCUUCUAAUAAAACAACAAAUUGUGGUUUCAGGGACAUUAUUUUACCCAAUUCUUAUUUGCGGGGGGGAUAUUUACCCUCCUUUUUCUCCCUUGAUGACUCUUGGAGGUGGUGGAGGAGGGCCCAUGAAAGACUGUGAAUACAGUCAGAUCAGCACUCACAGCUCCUCUUCGCCCAUGGAGUCUCCCCAUAAGAAAAAGAAAGCAGCUCCCAAGAGAAAAUGGGAGGUUUUCCCUGGAAGAAACAAAUUCUUUUGCAGUGGAAGGAUCAUGAUGGCUCGCCAGACUGGAGUCUUCUAUUUGACACUUGUUCUUAUCUUGGUUACCAGUGGACUCUUCUUUGCAUUUGAUUGUCCAUAUUUAUCAGAACAGAUUACACCUGCCAUUCCUGCAGUAGGAGCAAUUCUGUUCAUUUUUGUGAUGGGGACCUUGUUGCGUACUAGCUUCAGUGAUCCUGGAGUCCUGCCUCGAGCAACACCAGAUGAAGCAGCAGAUCUGGAAAGACAAAUAGGUAACACAGAAGAAAUUGCAAAUGGCUCCAGCUCAGGAGGGUACCACCGUCCAGCUCCCAGAACAAAAGAAGUGCUCAUCAAUGGGCAGACAGUAAAAUUAAAAUACUGUUUUACCUGCAAGAUUUUUCGCCCACCUCGUGCCUCACAUUGUAGCCUUUGUGAUAACUGUGUAGAACGGUUUGAUCACCAUUGUCCAUGGGUAGGCAACUGUGUGGGGAAAAGAAACUACAGAUUUUUUUAUAUGUUUAUUUUAUCUCUGUCCUUUCUGACAGUCUUUAUAUUUGCAUUCGUUAUCACCCACAUCAUCCAUCGAUCUCAGAAAACAGGGUUCUUAAGUGCUCUCAAAGACAGUCCUGCAAGUGUGCUGGAAGCUGUGGUUUGUUUCUUCUCAGUUUGGUCCAUUGUUGGGCUCUCAGGUUUUCAUACUUAUUUGAUCAGCUCCAAUCAAACAACAAAUGAAGAUAUUAAGGGAUCUUGGUCAAAUAAAAGAGGUAAAGAGAACUACAAUCCAUACAGUUACGGCAACAUUUUCACUAAUUGUUGUUCUGCACUCUGUGGGCCCAUCUCUCCCAGUUUAAUUGACCGAAGAGGAUUUAUACAGCCAGAUACUCCACAGCCAGCAGCACCCUCAAAUGGCAUUACAAUGUAUGGGGCCACACAGUCUCAGAGUAAUAUGUGUGAUCAAGAUCAGUGCAUUCAGAGCACUAAAUUCGUUUUGCAGGCUGCUGCCACGCCACUUCUCCAGAGCGAGCCCAGCCUAAGUAGUGAAGAGCUACCUUUACCAGGAAAGACCACUAUUGGUGCUCCCUGUGCCACAUUAACACUAGGGCAGCCAACUCCACCCUCUUCUAUGCCAAAUCUCGCUUCAGAAACAGGUUUGACAGACAUGAUACCAUUACAAGAGGAUCUUGAAGGUCAUCAGUUUCUUACUCCUGAUGAAGCUCCAUCACCACCAGGGAUGUUGCCAGUUGGGAAUCCCAUGAUACACAGCCGUACCAUGCAUGUCCUCAGCCUAGCCAGCCAAGACUCGUUGCACGAAGACUCAGUACGUGGCCUUGUGAAACUCAGUUCAGUCUGAGCAACUUAGAAUAUGACAGUUACUAUACCAACAACAAAGAACUUGCAACGCUGCUUUUGGACUCUGUGACACUUAUAUGUAGCUGAAACUUUGCUAUGUAACCAAGUCUACUAAAAGAACAAAUGGUUUUUGUGUAGUGGAGUUACAAUACUGUUUAAUAACUAAGAUGUUGAUGGUUUGGAUUUGAUGGUGACAUUGAUAUCUAGAUAACAGAAACCUACAUUAACCCGCUUUGGUGACUAAUGGAGUCCAGCAGCUUUGAAUCCUGGUUCUACAAAGGUGAUUAUUAUAGUACUUUUAAAAAAACAAACAAACCUGGUUAUAAGUAUAAUAUUCCAUGUUUUAUGAAGCUCGUAUAAUACUGCCUUUGUAGCCAGAGGAGCUAUCCUUCUCAUGUUACUGUGCUCUAAUGUUUGAAACAGAUUACAAUUAAAAAAGGACUGCAGUUGUGGAUUUGCAUGCCACGCUACAGUGUAUGUUACAGUAGUGUUGGUAUUGAAAGAAAUUGCUGCUUUAUUAUUUGUGAAUUCCAAAAUGCUGUUUCAUGUAAAAGACUUUUUCUCAGCUUAGUCAAGGUUAUUAUAAAUAAAUGAUUUGGUGGUACUUCAGUUGUGGAGGGCUACCAAUUUUUGCAUAUCAUUUGACUUUUGAGUGUCUAAAACAAGGUGUUGUGUGGUUUCAUACCAUAGCUUUCUCUCCACCCCAACAUCAAAUGUGACCACAUUAGUUGUGGACAUCCAAUAAAAAGGCAUCCUCUAUCACUGGAUUGGUGUAUAGUGUUAUGCUUACAGAGCUGAUCACAAAACAGCCACAGGUGGAUAAUAUGGAUUACAUUUUUUCCCCUUUAAACUGAUGCAAUUUUAGAAACCCAGAGGAUUAGCAAAAAUCCAAUUAUGAAUUGUUUUGUUUUAGUAUUGUAUGCGAUUUUAUAAAUAAGCUGUUUAAUUUUAAGACACCAUGUCCACAGCUAACCUGAGUAUUGAAAUAAAUUAAAAUUUAAUAUCUCCUUUGGGGCCCAUACCAAUGGUAUCCAGGGGAAUCUCUUUAAAUGAUGUCAAGGUUCUAAGCCUUGGUGAAGGAAGAGAUAAGACACUGGAAUAUAACUAAGCUAAAGGCAAUCAAUGAUAGCUGUCAUGGGUACUCUCAACUAUAUAUUCUGUUAUUUAAAAUUGAUAUGUAUGAUACAGAAUUGUUUGAUGCUUGGGUUCUGGAAAAUUUUGAGGUUAAGAAAAAAUAGUUACAGUGUAGUGGGGCGGGGGGCAGUUUGGAAAUUCCCUCAGGGAUAGCCCAAGAUAACAUACAAUGAGAAUUCAAAUGCUAUAUACCAUUGCAUCUUGCCGUGUUUUUAAGAUGCUAGGACCUGCAAUAAUCUCUUCUCAGGACAAAAUUUAGUGCAAAGUAUUUUUUAAAAAAUUAAACCAUCACUGCAGGCAACUACUUUUGAAAAAACUUAGAUCAUGAAAGCAUGAAUUUGUUGCAUCACUGAGAUGCAGAAAAAUAUAAUUAAAAGGAAAAUAAAAGCACAAUGAUUUAAUUGGAAUAAGGCCAUCUCUAUUACAGAAAUACCAGAUUACAUACUGGUAAGAACCCUAACACUGUGUACAAUUUUAUAAAAGAUAUUAUUUUUCUCUGAACAGUGAUACAGACUUUCACCUUGUUGCAUGUAUAGAAAAUAUCUAGAGAAAUUUUUGAUAUCCACAGGUUCCUCAUUUUUUUCCAAUUUUGCAGAAAGCUAUGCAUGAUCUGCAGUUAUCUGGUUGUGAGCCAUUACAAUGUUUACAAGUUUUCAUGUAAAAAGGAUAUUGCCUCUCUUCCUAUCUGACCCCAUGGGGUUUCUUAAAAAUCCUGCACACAUUCUUUCAUUUAGCACAUGUCUAUUCCAAAGAAAAAAACAAUUUUGAGAUGCAUUCUCUUGGCUUAAUGUUUGAUUACUGUACUGACAGAACUUAUACAGCUGUAAGCACCAAUAUGUCGGCAGUAAACAUAGAUUUACAGAGACAUAUUCCAUGGAGGCGGAUGGGAUUGAAUUCCUUUGAAAACUCCAGCCAUACACUUCACUGUCUCCCAAGAACAGUUAAACACCUCAGAGGCAACAAUCCCAAAUCAGAUUUUAAUUUUGUGAAUUAAUAAUGUUAUGAAGUGUGCGGAAGGAUGUGAUUAAAAUUACACAGUACAUUCCGGAAAAUUGGUGGACUUUGAUAUCUUGCUCUUAUUCCUUUCUGUCUCUGUCAUCCCUUUCUGGUGCGGGGAAGAAAGAUAGAGUGAAAGUACAUACCUUUUGGGGGGCUCAUUGCAGUAAAAUAAUCAUUCCUGACAAUUGAAGGGAAAGUUCUGUCAACCUAGUUGCCUAUGUGGACAAUAUUACUUCAUGGUUUACUUUGACAGUAUUUGAUUAGUUCGGUGGAUCUGUUUAAAUGAACAUUAUUUUACUAAUUCUGCAGAUGCCAGAACAUGGAACUUGCAUUCCCCAUAGUGUAGAAAAUCAACGAUGAUAAAUAUUUUAUUCAGCCAUUAUGACUUCACAGCUGUGGAGCUUACACAAAGGAGUAGAACUGUUUAAAAAUUCAUCUUGCAUUUUCACAGAAAUACUUAGGCUUUUUUUAAUAGCAGCAUUUGGGUGCCCUUGCCAUUAGGAAAUAUUCAACAGCAUUGUGCGUGAUGCAAGUCCAUAAUAUGGUUCUGGUAGCAUUUUUACUAUGGGAAGGAGUGAGAAUUCCAUGCAGUUGUUUUUAGGCCCCCUCUUAUGUAAAGCUUUAAAAUGCUGCACUAUCACAUUAAAAUACCUGGUUUGGUUUACUUAGAAAGAAAAUGCUUAAUAACAUUUAAGUACUGUGAAUACUUAUUUUAGAACAAAUUUAUUAUUUCCAUUUACAUUGAUGUACAAUUUUUUCCUGUUUAUAAUCUUUUUGACUUUGUCUUGAAGAAUAAAAAUACAGCAUUUUUAAGCAUU